UUCAGACCUUAGUUGGUGACUCUGAUUCAUCUCAAAAGACCUUCUGGAAAUUGGGUUGUCAUUAUUACCCACCUACUCGUCCGUGAGCUGCUGCAUCUGCGGAUCCACUCUCGAUUUCCCAAGACAUCACAAUGCGUCUCAUCAAUGUGCAGACCUACAGAUUAGAGGAGUUCCUCAAUGAGAAAGUGCCUCCUUAUGCUAUACUGUCGCAUACAUGGGGAAGUGAUCAGGACGAAGUAUCUUUUCGUGACAUUACCGAGAGGAGUGCCAAGCGUGCCAGUGCUAACCAUUGGCCUAUCAAAUUCGAGGGAUGUUGUGAACAGGCAGCGAAGGAUGACCUCGAAUAUGUGUGGAUCGACACCUGUUGCAUUGAUAAAAGCAACUCAGUGGAACUCGGUGAAGCUAUCAACUCCAUGUUCCGGUGGUAUAGGGAGGCUAAAACUUGUUAUGCCUAUCUUUCUGAUGUCACUGAUGAGUCUGUUGAGGCUAAUCCGCAUAUGGUCUCUGGAUUCUCUGGAAGCCGUUGGUUUAAAAGAGGUUGGACACUACAAGAACUUCUAGCACCAAGGAACGUGCAGUUCUACAACUCUACAUGGACCUUCCUCGGUAGCAAAACAGAUAUGAAGAUAUUACGACUUAUCGAGAAAGAAACCGGCAUACCGCGUUUGUUUCUCCGGGGGGAGGCAUUACCAAAUGCGAGUAUCGCACAACGCAUGUCCUGGGGUUCGGGAAGAACAACAAAGAGAAAAGAAGACAUCGCUUACUGUCUUCUUGGGAUUUUCGACGUUAUGAUGCCAAUGAUCUACGGCGAGGGUGAUCGUGCAUUUAUUCGUCUACAAGAAGAGCUUAUCAAAAGGUCCAGAGAUGCUUCGGUUUUUGCAUGGGGCUUGCCAUCAGAAACUUCUGCCCCCGUUCAUUUUGAAGACAUUACUUCUGCAGGAAUAUUUGCAACCUCUCCAGCCGAUUUCGCCAAUAGCAGCCAUAUCAUAUCACAGAAUCGCGAGAUCAAGUCUAGGGCCACAUUUGUUGUUGACGGCGGAUGUGUCCGAUCGGAAAUUCCGCUCUAUACAGACCCAGCUGGCCAGCUAUUCGGACUCCUAAAUUGUGGCCUCCGGUCAAAUAACAGUGGCAGCAAGGUAGUGGGAAUCCCGCUUGUUAAGGAUCUAUUUGGGGAGUAUAUCCGACCCGGAGGACAUUACUCUCAAUUAUUCCCAGUAUCUGAAGUUACCACUGUCUCACAAAUUUACAUCAAGACCGAGCGGGAUCAGAAGACAACUACAGCAUCCAUUUAUAGCAACUGUUUUGAGAUCGAGAAUCUUAGUGAACCUGGCUUGAAGCUGAUUGAGGUAGAACCGCAAGACUGUUGGAGAGAAAAGGAGUCUCUUAUUGUUACAAGCAAUCACCGUCCCGGAAGCAAUUUACAGCAAUAUUGGCUACGAUUCCGCCCGGAAGAUGAAGGAUCUACCGACUUUAUUGUGCUACUUGAGCUACAGAUACCGGGAUCACAGGCGAAAGCACAAUGUCAUAUUAUGACAUCAUCUGAAUUUACUCCACUGAAGGAUUUGAUCCAGUAUUCUAGCAAUAUGAGACCAACAGCUUUUGGUCACAAUGUUGCUCGAGGUAACUCGCGGAGCAUCUAUGUAACCAUAGAUCAAGACACUACAGCCGGGAAAUGCAUGUUUGUUGUUAAGGUUGCUGAGACAACAAUGUUGCCUACUAUCACUGUGGAUGCAACAUUUGAGUUAGAACUACAGGCGGCAAAAUAUGAUCGGGAAAGGACAGCAAAAGAAAAGAAUAAGCUGUAUCUCGAAAUCGAAAAAUUCAAUCAGCAGAGAGGAACGGCAUACACGCUGGAGUCGGUUGGGAAACGUUUAGCUGAGAUAAGAGAAGAGCAAAUCCAGCUAGAGGCGAUUCAAAAAUGGCGGACUGAAUUGUCCAAGAAGGAACUGUCUAUCGAGAGGAAGUUUGACGAUUUCGAAAGAAUGGCCCUGGCAAAGAAUUAUGACCCAGUAUGGAUUGCAGAAAUCAGUACUGCAAAAGGCGAGUUGGUGACUCGCAGUACACUCACAGGACAUUCUGAACCGUUUUCGAAUGUGGCAUUCUCUCCAGAUGGUAGAGUUCUGGCCACCGCCUCCCUUGACAAGACAGUCAAGCUCUGGGAGGUGGCUACUGGAGGACUACGCAGUACACUCACAGGACAUUCUCAACCGGUUUUGAAUGUGGCAUUCUCCCCAGAUGGUAGAGUUCUGGCCUCCGCCUCCUAUGAUAAGACAGUCAAGCUCUGGGAGAUGGCUACUGGAGGACUACGCAGUACACUCACAGGACAUUCUGAACCAUUUUCGAAUGUGGCAUUCUCUCCAGAUAGUAGAGUUCUAGCCUCCGCCUCCCUUGAUAAGACAGUCAAGCUCUGGGAGGUAGCUACUGGAGGACUACACAGUACACUCACAGGACAUUGUGAACCAGUUUUGAAUGUGGCGUUCUCCCCAGAUGGUAGAGUUCUGGCCUCCGCCUCCCUUGAGACAGUCAAGCUCUGGGAGGUAGCUACUGGAGGACUACGCAGAACACUCACAGGACAUUCUGAACCGGUUUUGAAUGUGGCGUUCUCCCCAGAUGGUAGAGUUCUGGCCUCCGCCUCCUAUGAUAAGACAGUCAAGCUCUGGGAGGUGGCUACUGGAGGACUACGCAGUGGCUGACGGGGUCUAAUGAUUAAGGGGCUCUUGGAUAUCAGAAAAGUUGGUUCUCGAACCGGCGCCUCACUAUUUCAUUCUCAUCUCUUUGUAACAGGAGGGCCUGGGAUAGUAGAAGC